AUGAACAGUCUCCUGCAGACGCUGUUCAUGACCACCGAGUUCAGGUCGGCCCUCUUUGGCUGGCGCUACAACCCGAAGAAGGAUGGCGACGAGCGGCUGUGCAUUCCGCUGCAGCUGCAGAGGCUGUUUGCGCGUCUGUGCCUCAGCGCGUGUCCGCACAUCGAGACCAAGAACGUGACCGACAGCUUUGGCUGGCACGGCAACGAGGUGUUCCAACAGCAGGACGUGCAGGAGCUCAUCCGAGUGCUGCUCGAUGCCAUCGACAAGACCUUCUGUGCCAACGACCUCGACAAUCCCAUCACGCCACUCUAUCGCGGUCUCCUGCACGACUACCUCCGAUGCACCCAGUGCAACUAUUCGCGCAUUCGGUCGGACGCCUUUAUGGACAUUCCUCUGGUGAUACGCGGCGUGUCGUCCCUCGAAGAGGCCCUCGACCUGUAUAUGACACCCGAGGUGUUGGACAAGAGCAAUCAGUGGUAUUGCGAGCGGUGUGAGAAACGGGUGGAUGCGCUCAAGGGACUGAAGCUCAAGGAGCUGCCGCCCAUCAUCACCCUGCAGCUGAAGCGCUUCGACUACAACUACUCCACGAUGACGCGGAUCAAGCUCAACAACCGGGUCUCGUUCCCCUUCUACCUGGACAUGGGCAAGUACCACAAGUCCGACAUCGACGACCAGCACACACCCGUGCCAGUCAAGAAGACACCACCGAGCGACACCGAAGACGUGGCCGUCAUAGAGGAUUGGUCAUGCGCGCUGUGCACGUAUCUCAACAUACCACAGCUGAAGCGGUGCGAGAUGUGCUCCACGCCGAGGCCUCAGCUCAAUGCCGACGAGCCGCAGCGACAACCGGACGCUGAUGCCUCCCCAGCUGCCCCGGCGCCACCUCCAGCGCCUGGCAGCGAGGAUUCGCAGAAGCCCGGCGAAAAAGACACACCAGAAGCAGCGGCCGAGGAACCCUACCAAUCGGAAGAAGUGCCACACGUUGGUGAGAACGACCACAUCUACCAACUCUUUUCGGUGAUGAUACACUCAGCAUACAUCAAAUCGCAGAAGACGGGUCGGUGGUACAGCUUCAACGACAUGCACGUCACGCAUAUCACCGAGCAGGACGUGUGGCGGAUGUUUGGCGACGAGGAGAAACGGAUGACCGCCGCCAACGCCUAUCUCCUCAUGUACCGCAAGAUGGAGCCCACUACCGCCACCGCCACCACAGAGGUCUCUGCCUGCGCCGGCCCGGAGGAGGGAGUGAACGAGUUGGACGGCGCCUUGGACGAGAUACCCGAGGACCUGCGAAAGGAGGUGGAGGAGGAGAACCGGCGAUACGACGAAGAGCGGGCCGAACAUCAGCGGAAGCUCGACACGAUCGACCUGCGCAUCUUCUACGGCAACACGCCCACCAUGAUCCACAUCCACAAGCAGAAGACGCUGCGCGACGCCACGGAGCUGGCCUACCGCGAGGCCAAGGUAAGCGAGAGCGUGCCCCUGUCCAGCGUGCGCCUGCGCAGUUACAACUCCACCACGGGCACGGUGGGUCUCCCGUUCACCGGCAACGAGGACAAGAAGCUGACCGAUCUCGGCAUAUUCAGCCAAAGGAGUCUCUUGUUGGAAACAAAGAACCCGAGCGACGAGUGGCCCGCCGAGGAGACGGAGGGCCUGACGCUGAAGGUGAUCAAGCUGAACGAGCAAACGCUAGAGCUGGAGCCCGCGCUCACCGUCUCCCUCGCCGAUGCCAGCACGGCCACCCUGGCCCAACUCAAGGCCGCGCUGGAGGAAAAGGCUGGGAUCCGUAGCGACGCACAGCGGCUGCUGCGGGUGUGCAAUUCCGAUGUGGAGUUCAUUGAGGGAAGCGCCGAGAGCACGCUCGUCAAUGACUGUAAGAUAAGCGACGGCUCGCUCCUCUACGUCGAGGAGCUGAAGGUCCAGCCCAUCACCGCCUCCCACCUCAGCUUCCCAAGAGGGGAGAGAGGCUCACCCUUCUUGGCGGACGGAUUGAGUCUGCUGAAGCAGCGGUUCGAAGCGGAGCAAAACACGAUCGAGCUCAACUUCAACAAUCCCAACACCGACGAGGAGGAUAUCAAGAUUGCCAUCGACCAACGCGAGACCAUCGGCACGCUCAAGAAGCGAAUCGGCGCGAUCGUGGGCCUUCCAAACCACGAGUUCAGGCUGCGACGAAAGCUGCUCAACAAGGAGUACAAGGACGAGGACGAAACUCUGCAGCAGUGCUACCUCUUCGAUGGCAGCGCCUUGCUCGUGGAAAAGGGGCGAUCGCUGAAGGCGGGCGAGAUCCUGAGUAAGGUGUACAUGUACAGCGCGGAGGAGGAGGACCUGGCGUUCACGCUCGUCCUCGACUCCAUGAUCGUGACCGAGGGCGACCUGAGCGCCAAGGUGAAGGCGCACGUGCGGGAGAGGCUGGGGGAGGACUACCUCCCGUGGGACCGCGUGCGGGUGCGCGAGAAGAUAGAGUGCCGGCUCGGCACUGCGAUGAAGCGCGGCAAGACGCUCAAGCAGACUGUUAGCGCGCUGCGCGAUGGCGUCGAGCUGGCGCUUCAAGUUGUAGACGAGGACGCCAAGGCGGAGCUCGACGAAGCGGAGAUGGUGCUGGAGACGCGCCACUUCUGCCCGGCCACGAUGGAACUCAAGAGGGGCGAGGAGCUCGGGCUGCUGAAGGACUCCUCAGUCCUCGCGCUGCGCACGGUCAUCGGGGCCAAGUACGACGUGCCGGUGCAGUUCGUCGCGGUAGCCAAGCCCUUCAAGCACCAGCUCGGCGUGGUGAGCUCCCUGCUCUCGCUCAACUGGGAGCUCUACGACGAUGCGGUGAUCACCAAGAGCCCGCUCUACCUCCGCGACGGCGACCUCAUGCUGUGGCGCGACCUCCGAGAGAUACCCAAGGAGAUCGCCACCGACGGUCUGCCACAGGUCGUGGGCAGCGUCAGCCGUCCCAGGGAGUCGGGCAUUGUCAUCCGCACGGUGCACGACCUGCCGCCAGGUGGCGGCGCCGGCGGCGAGGCCAAGGAGGAGCUGCUGCAGGCGGAGGAACCGGCCACGAAGGCUGCAGGCGACGUAGCCACCCCGGAGCCGGUACAGUGA